AUGAAACACAUCAAGUCUUCAAAAUACCAGUUUCCUCGCCACCCCAGUCAAAUACGGACUGUUCAAAUGCGCAACGCCCCGGGGGCGGAUCUGUGCUCGGGUGAAGUGAUUACACAGCCGGCCUUGUGCGCCAUGGAGUGUCGGGCUGUCCUGGCAAAAGCGGAGACGCAGUUCCAGCAGCAGAACUUCGGAACGGCGGAAGAAUGUUACACUGAAUUCAUUCACUUGUGUAUGGAAGGGCACCAGAAACACAAAUGUGCUCAGGACUUGGCUAAAGCAUACAACAACAGAGGCCAAAUCAAGUACUUGAGAGUAGACUUUUACGAAGCUAUGGAUGAUUACACAUUAGCAAUUGAAAACAAGGAAGAUUUUGAAGUUCCAUAUUAUAAUCGAGGACUAAUAAAAUAUAGAUUAGGAUUUUUUGACCAAGCUUUGGAAGACUUCAGGAAAGCAUUGGCCUUGAAUCCAGAUUUUAAAGAUGCCAGAUUGAGCCUUGAUCAGACACUAAUUGAUAAAAAAGAGAAAGAGAGUAGAGAAUAUUAGAGACAUGGCACUUGGGGUACAAACAUUGGUUUUGUGUGUGUAUAAUUUGAAUGUACAUUUUUAACAUUGCUUACUUUAAUUAUUUUUAGUAUGUUAAUUGUUAAAGCUCAUAAUGCUAAACAGAUUGUGUAUCUUUUGUGAAAUAUGAUACAAUAAAAAUGUGGUAUCU